AUGAUGAAUAAAAAAAAAUGUAGUAUUCUAACCUUUUAUCAUCCUUCUCAUGCUAAUCUAAAAGGAACAUUACGUUAUAACUCAUUUAAAUUCCUGUGCUUAAGUUUAUAUGUGAUUGGAUUUUACUAUAUUUUUUUGAAUAAUUUUUUAGAAAAUGAAAGCUUAGAAAUAGUUAAAAAUUGUAAUGUAUAUAAACGCAAUUUAGGUGAGGUAGAAAAAGAAAGUAACGGUUCACAAUGGAAAAGAAAUUUGAAAGUUAAAAAUGAAGAUGUAAAUAAAACCAAAUCUAAUGGAAAUAUUAAAAGUAAUGAACAAAAUGUAGAGGAAAAUAAACAUAGUAUUAAUCAUGAUGAUAAGAAUAUUAAUGGGGAAAAAAAAAGCAAUAAUUCAAUAAGUGAUAUAAAUUAUAAUGAUUUGUCAAAGAAUUUAACAGAAAAGGAAUUAUUAGAUGUUUUAAGUUCAUUAAAAGAAUGCCCUCCAACAAAAGAUCUUGGAAAUAUAUGGACGCACACAGUUCGUGUUGCAAAAGAAGGUUUGGGUGAUAUAAAGAAAGAUUUAAAGGAAUCAAUACAAAAUUAUCUAGAUAAUGAUUAUUCUGAUACUACUUCUUGUAUUAAAAAGAAACUUGUAUAUGCCACUAUAUGGGAAGAAAACAUUGCAAGAUUUAAUAGAACUGUAGAACGUGAACAGGAAAAAUAUACUAAUGAUUUUUUUAAUUUAAUUAAAGAUGAAAGUACACUUGAUGAUAUGAGAAAAUUCAUUUAUUCAUUCUUAGAAUUUUUUAAAAUAUUAAAAGAAGAAUUAUAUCAAGACCAUCAAAAGGAAUUAUUUCUAAAAAUUGAAAAAGCUUCGGAGGGUGAAAAUUAA